AUGCACCCGCCGCGUCGCCGUAGGAAGGGAUGCGGCGGUGCCCCCGCUAUAAAUACUCGCGCCGGAGGUGGAAGGCGUCAGUCUAGUGUCGGCUCCCACACAAGUAACAACAAUCACAAUCGGCAGGUGUUGAUCCACUGGACAAGACGCGCCAGCGCCAUGAUGCGGUUGGUGCUUUUUCUAGUCCUCUUCAGCAUAUGUGAAAUCACUCAGGCUGAGGAAGGCUACAAGUAUGAAAAACCAACGAAGCCUUUCAUCACUGGAACACCAGGUCUAAGACCAGGAACAGCAGGCCCAGGAGGAUUUGCACCUGGAGUGGGAGCUGGACCAGCUGCAAAACCCGGUUUUCCUGGACCCAGUGGCUACCCUUCUAGUGGUCCUGGAGGAACACCUGCAGGAUUUCCAUCUGGCAGUCAACCAGGAAGACCUGGAGCAGGCGGACCAUCUGGAUAUCCAUCUGGGGGACCAAGUGCCGGCAGACCAGGUGGCACCGUUCCUGGAAGACCUGGGACAACAGGAGGACCAGGUCGUCCAAUUAUUCAAGGAGAUGUUGGAGGCAAUGGAUAUCCAUCAGGAGGGCCUGGCAGUUUCGGACCAAGUGGUCCAUUUGGACCUGGUGCUGGACGACCUGGAAUAUUGGGGCAGCCUAAUGGUCCAGGCACUCCUGGAACUCAAGGCAGUGUUGGUUACCCUUCUGGAAGACCUGGUACAGGAAGACCAGGUGGUCCAGGUACAAUAGGAGGUGGAGGUUAUCCUACAGGUGGGCCUGGAGUAUUCCGUCCUAGUGAUUCAUUUGGUACAGGCAUUGGAAGACCUGGAGUUUCAGGAAGACCAGGAGGACCAGGUGCUGCAGGAUAUCCUUCUGGAGGUCCUGGAGGACUUGGGCCUGGUGGUCCCUUUAGUCCUGGUGCUGGUGGAAGGCCUGGAGGUGUUGGAGGUCUAGGACAGCUAGGUGGCACUGGAAUAACAGGAAGGCCAGGUGCUCCAGGCAGUCCAGGUGGUCCUGGUGGUCCAGGAGGACCUGGGGUUCCUGGAGCCCCUGCUGGCCAAGGGUAUCCAUCAGGAGGACCUGGAGGAUUUGGUCCUAGUGGUCCUUUUGGACCUGGUGCUGGUAGGCCAGGAGGAGUUGGAGGCCCAGGGGGACCUGCUGGUCCUGGGUAUCCAUCAGGUGGGCCUGGAGGCUUUGGUCCUAGUGGUCCAUUUGGGCCCAGUGCUGGUCGUCCAGGAGGUCAAGGUGGAGCUGGAAUAACAGGAAGACCAGGUGCUCCAGGAACACCUGGUGGUCCUGGUGGUCCUGGAGGACCUGGAGGUCCAGGAGGACCUGCUGGUCCUGGAUAUCCCUCUGGUGGGCCUGGAGGAUUUAGCCCUAGUGGUCCAUUAGGACCUGGUGCAGGUCGGCCAGGAGGACCUGGACGACCAGGAGGAGCUGUUGGUCCUGGAUAUCCAUCUGGUGGGCCUGGGGGAUUUGGUCCUAGUGGUACACUUGGUCCUGGUAGACCAGGGGCUGUAGGAGGUCCGGGAGGGCAAGGUUAUCCAUCAGGAGGACCUGGUGGGUUUGGUCCUAGCGGUCCAUUUGGACCAGGUGCUGGUCGCCCAGGAAGCCCUGGUAGACCAGGAAUAGCAGGAAGACCAGGCACUCCAGGUACACCAGGUGGUCCUGGUGGUCCAGGAGGUCCAGGUGGUGCAGGGGGACCAGCUGGUCCCGGAUACCCAUCAGGUGGUCCUGGAGGAUUUGGUCCUAGUGGUCCCUUUGGCCCUGGUAAGCCUGGGGCUCCAGGAGGGCCAGGAGGUCCAGGAGGGCCAGGUUAUCCAUCAGGAGGACCUGGUGGAUUUGGUCCUAGUGGUCCAUUUGGACCUGGUGGUGGUCGGCCAGGAACACAAGGUCAGCCAGGAAUCCCAGGCAGGCCAGGUACACCUGGGGCACCUGGAGGUCCUGGUGGUCCAGGUGGACCAACUGGUCCUGGAUAUCCUUCAGGUGGACCUGGAGGAUUUGGUCCUAGUGGACCUUUUGGUCCUGGUGCUGGAAGACCAGGUGGUUUUGGAAGACCUGGUGGUCCAGGAGGGCCAGGUGGCCCAGGAUACCCAUCAGGUGGGCCAGGAGGGUUUGGUCCCAGUGGUCCAUUUGGACCUUCUGCUGGUCGGCCAGGAACACCUGGUCAGCCAGGAUUCCCAGGCAGGCCAGGUACAUCUGGUGCAUCAGGUGGUCCAGGCGGACCUGGAGGCCCUGGUGGUCCAGGAGGUCCAACCAGUCCUGGAUACCCAACAGGUGGACCUGGAGGAUUUGGUCCUAGUGUUCCAUUUGGACCUGGUGGUGGACGCCCAGGUACUCCAGGUCGUCCAGGAACCCCAGUAAGGCCAAGUGCUCCUGGUACUCCAGGUGGUCCAGGAGGUCCAGGAGGCCCAGGAGGUCCUGGUGGUCCAGGAGGGCCAUUUGGUCCUGGAUAUCCGUCUGGAGGUCCUGGUGGAUUUGGCCCUACUGGCCCAUUUGGUCCAGGAGGUCCUGGUAUACCAGGUAGACCUGGCCGUCCUGGUACACCAGGUGGUCCUGGAGGUCCAGGUGGUCCUGGAGCUCCUGGAAGGCCUGGUGGUCCUGGAUAUCCAUCAGGUGGGCCUGGAGGAUUUGGGCCAAGUGGCCCUUUCGGUCCAGGUGCUGGUCAGCCUGGUCGCCCUGGUGGACCAGGGGGUCCAGGAGGCCCUGGAGGCCCAGGUAGGCCAGGAACAGGGUACCCUUCAGGUGCACCUGGAGGAUUUGGUCCUAGUGGUCCAUUUGGCCCUGGUGCUGGUCGGCCAGGAGGCCCAAGUCGGCCUGGUGGUCCAGGGGCUCCAGGUUCUCCAGGUGGACCUGGGGGACCAAGUGGUCCAGGAGGACCUUCUGGUCCCAGUGGCCCAUUUGGUCCUGGUGCUGGUAGACCUGGAGGACAAGGGGGCCCUGGUGUACCUGGACAACCAGGUGGUGGAUUUAAGCCAAGUGGUCCAUAUGGCCCUGGUUAUCCUGGAGGUCCUUCAGGUGGUGUUGGUCGACCUGGCCGUCCUGGUGGUGUGUUAGGUGAUGCUACUGGUCCUGGAGGGCCAGGUGGUCCUUCUGGUCCCACAGGCUAUCCUUCUGGUGGCAUUGGAGGCAGGCCAGGUGGAGUUGGUCCUGGUGGUCCUUUUGGUCCUACUGGCCCUACUGGACCUACUGGUCCUACUGGACCUACUGGUCCUACUGGGCCUACAGGUCCUGGAGGACCAACUGGUGGUGUUGGUGGUGUUGGUGGAAUCGGUGGAACUGGCCCAACUGGACCUCCAGGGCCAAGUGGACCAUAUCCUAGUGGGCCUGCUGGCCCCAAUGGUCCAUAUCCAGAAGGAUCACCUGGUCCUGAUGGUCCUUUCCCAACAGGUUCCCCUGGUCCUGGGCCAUACGAUGAAGGAGAUUAUUCUGCUAUUCCUGGAGAACCAGGAGUAGAUUAUCCCAUAUAUUCUGAAGUACCUGCUACUUCAUUUAGUUGCAGUCAGCAGAAAUUCCCUGGAUACUAUGCUGAUGUGGAGACACAGUGUCAGGCAUUCCAUAUUUGUGCUAACAAUCGCACAUAUGAUUUCCUGUGCCCUAAUGGUACAGUGUUCCAUCAGGAAUAUUUCGUUUGUGUUUGGUGGAAUCAGUUUGACUGUAGCAGAGCUCCAGGGUUGUAUAAUCUGAAUGAAUUUAUUUAUGACUAUACAAUAUUUGGAAGCCCUGGUGCAGAACUACUCAAACCUUCUGGUCCUGGAGGAUUCCCAGGUGGAACAGGUACUGGAGCUACUCAAGGCCGUCCAUUUAGUCCCGGCAGUGGUGUAACUCGUCCAGCUGGACCCACUGGGCCCAUUCGUCCUGGAACACCUGGUAGUAUAGGAACUGGAAUAGUAAAGCCUGGUGGAACAUUUCCAUCUGUAACCCCUGGAGUGACUGGUGGAAGUGGUGGUCCUGUCGCUGGAUAUCCACGUCCUGGUGGGCCAGGUGGAGUUGGUGGCAUUCUUGGUGAUGGAAUAACUGGACCUUCUUCUGGUGGAGUACCACCGUCAGGAUUUCCUGGUAGUCAGAUAGGACCAACACGCCCUUCAGGUCCCAGCACAGGCCUACCUGGUGGUACUGGUGGAGUAGGGCAAAUUGGUCGACCAACAGGCGGCUACCCAAGGCCAGGUACAGGCAGACCGGGACUGGCUGAUACUGGAACACAACCAGCCUACCCAGACAGACAGUAUUUGCCUCCUAGGAACUCUUAAAUGAUUACUAUGCUGAGUUUUGGACUUGCUUAUGACCUACAAGCACAGUAGCAGAUGAGAGCUCAUUGAAUCCAUCAUUUGUUUUCCAAUAACACUGAAUGUAAUGAGGUUGUAUGUAAGUGGAAACUACCAAGAUGGUGACAGUUUCAUGGAGUGCUCCUCUUUUUUGUGAGGGACGAUUUGUAUUAGUAUCGUACUCGUAAUCGUACUCUACUUUUCUUUGAAGUGACAAUGGGCCCUUGCUGCUGUGUGCUGUUCAGGUUUAAUGUUUAUUUAAAUAGUAUCUGUGUGAAUGUAUAAAUUAUUGUAUCGUGUCAUGAAAUUUGAAAGCAUUGGACCCUAAACAACAUUUAUAUCAGAUUUCAUUGUUUUUCAUUUACAUGAAUGUUUUUAAAAAAUUAUUUUGUGUCAUUGAAAUUGUGAGUUUCUACCACAAUGUGUCUCCCUUAUAUAGGGAAUUAUGUUGCCAUAUCAUAUGUGUAAUAAAUGUUGUUUGCCUACUUUCUCAGAAA